AUUUAAUUAAGUUCCUCGUCGGGUUUUCAUGGAUCGAUUGGAAAUUAGGCAUUAAUCAUUCAGGCGUAUGUGGUUGGAUUUUGAGUUGAACAGGGUCACUUUUCAAUUCUAAAAAGUUGGAUUCGAAGUGGUUAAGUUUUCACUUUUUUUUUUUCUUUAGGCACUAAUCAUUCAGGCGUCUGUGGUUGGAUUUUGAGUUGAACAAGGUCACUUUUCAAUUCUAAAAAGUCGGGUUCGAAGUGGUUAAGUUCUCACUCUUUUUUUUUUAGGCACUAAUCAUUCAGGCAUAUGUGGUUGGAUUUUGAGUUGAAAAGGUCACUUUUCAAUUCUAAAAAGUGUGGGUUCGAAGUGGUUAAAUUCUCGCCUUUUUUUUUUUUUUUUUUUUUUUUUUUAAAGAAGGUCAGGUUCUCAUUUGAUCGGGUAGGUUUGGGUUAAAAAAUACACUCAAGCAAUUGGUGUCUUCUACAUUGUGCCCUUCUUCAACCCUUCAAUAACAUAACACCAACAAUCCUGCAAAUUAGGGUUUAUCUUCACUGAAAAUAUUGGGCAUUUCUACUAAUUCUCUCUCAUAUUUUGUUGAAUUCGGACGAUGAAGAACGCUAAUUUCAAAAAAAACGAUUCCGGAGAAAGAGGUGGCUUCAAUCUCAAUAACAAAAUGAACAACAACAACAACAGUAAGAUUAAGAUGAAGAAAAAUAUGCAGAGAUUGGGAGGCACUGGUCUUUCUCUUGAAGCAUUUGCCAAUGCUAAAUCCAGACAGAAUUCAUAUAAUCCUGCUUUGUUAAAGAAGAAAAGGGAAUUUUACACGAAUGCCAAACAUGUAAGCAAGUACAAGAAAUUGCUGAAGCAACAAAAUCAACCUAAUGAUAAAUCCGUAUCUGUUGAACCUGUUGAGGCGAAUGAUGGUGGUGCUGGUGAGACAAGCAAGGAAGACAAGAAAAACAAAAAGGGAUCAUACAGUUUGCAAGAGUUGUAUGUGAAGAAACAUGAAGAACAGGAGAAAGCAAGGAUGGAAAGGGAAGCCUUCUAUAAAGCAAAAAAGGAAGAAAAGGAAAAGGCUGAAUCCCGCAGGAAAGAUUUACGGGAAAAGAUGUUUAAACGAACACGGAAAGGUCAGCCUGUCAUGAAAUACAGAAUUGAGCACAUAUUGGAGACCUUGCAGGGUUCUACUUCAACAUCAUAGUUUUCUGCUUUUUGAAUGGAGCUUCUAACUGCAAAAAACCGAAUGAUGGAUUAGCUCCUCUGUUCAUUUGAUGUAUCUCUGUGUCUAGAGGGACAUGAUGAUACAAGUCAUUUUAGUUGAUUCUGGGAGAUGUGAUGCUCUGUUGUAGUUAGAUUAUCAGUUCCUGACCUUGUAAAAUUUUGCUCUAUAAUGCAUAGCAAAUUACACAAAUUAGGACCAAUCUUUAUUUUUAUUUUUUUUUAAUUGUCCUUUCAAUGAGUUUCAAUAUCCUUGAAUAGUAAUAUUUUAAUAGGAUAAGAAAGAAAGACUUAUUCGAUGGUGUAAUCCUUCAAUUUCAGCAUUCUUUGAAAUGGCAGCUCCUUUAUAGUAA